UCGGUUCUGAGUCCCGAUCUUUUUGUUCAAUUUCCGCGCAGUAAUUCCAUCUGGGUUUCAUUUCUAUUUCUUCUUUGACCUCUUAUUUGGUAAGUACCAUGGAAGACAAGUAUGAAGCUAACAAUUUUGAUGAGAAUGAUGUGAACAUUGUUCAAAACGAUAACAAUCAUGGUUGGCAAAAGGUUACUUACGCCAAGCGACAGAGGAAGCAGCCGAUUAAGCAGUUGGAUUCUGGGAAGGUUUUGUCAAACGGAUCAGUUGUUACAGGGGGUGUUGAUAACAUUUUCCAGUCAUUGGAGAAGGAGUCUGAGGAGCGCCGCCGACGAUUGGAAGCUCAGAGAGUUGCGAUCGCGUUGGGAUCGGAGGUUCAGGUGAAAUCGAAGGGGCGAUCUGAUGAUGAAGAUGAUGAUAGUGAUACCGAUGCGGCUGAUGGGGCUAAUAAGGCUGCUGAUGAGAAGAAGGUGAAACAAAAGAAGCUUAAGAAGCCGAAGGUUACGGUUGCUGAAGCUGCGGCGAAGAUUGAUGCUGCUGAUUUGGCUGCGUUUCUGAUUGACAUUUCUGGUUCAUAUGAAUCGCAGCAGGACAUUCAAAUGAUGCGCUUUGCGGAUUAUUUUGGUCGAGCUUUCUCAGCUGUAGGUGCGGCCCAGUUUCCAUGGUCGAAGAUGUUUAGGGAGUCGGCUAUUGCAAAGAUUGCUGAUGUCCCUCUGAAUCAUAUUUCUGAAGCUGUUUAUAAAACCUCAGUUGACUGGAUCAACCAUCGAUCGCCGGAAGCACUUCAAUCAUUUGCAAUAUGGUGUUUGGACAGUAUUCUUUCUGACCUGUCCAGCCAAAAUGCAAGUGUCAAGGGCUUGAAAAAGGCUGUUCAACCAACAUCAUCAAAGUCUCAGGUAGCUAUCUUUGCUGUUUUAGCAAUGAUCUUAAAGAGGAAGCCUGAUGUUUUAAUCAGUAUAUUGCCAACUUUGAGAGGGAAUACUAAAUAUCAAGGACAAGAUAAGCUUCCAGUCAUCAUAUGGAUGAUAAUGCAGGCGUGUUAUGGAGAUCUCAGUGUGGGAUUUUUUGUUUGGACACAUUAUCUAUUGCCUACAGUUAGUGGAAAAUCUUGUAAUCCACAAUCAAGGGAUUUGAUCUUACAGCUGGUGGAAAGAAUCCUUUCUGCCCCUAAAGCUCGCACUGUUCUUGUAAAUGGUGCUAUCAGAAAGGGUGAGCGUUUGUUGACACCUGCAGACUUUGAUGUGCUUCUACAUGUGACUUUCCCCAUGCCUUCUGCUAGGGUAAAGGCUACCGAAAGGUUUCAAGCGAUUUAUCCGGUUCUGAAGGAGGUUGCUCUUGCUGGUCCCCCUGGUAGCAAAGCCAUGAAACAAGCAUCACAGCAGAUGUGUGGCUUCUCAAUUAAAGCAGCUGGAGAAGGCAACCCUGAGUUAGCCAAGGAAGCAACAGGCAUUUCUAUCUGGUGCCUGACACAAAAUCCCGAAUGCUUCAAACAAUGGGAGAAACUUUACGUAGAUAAUCUCGAGGCGAGUGUCUCUAUUCUGAAAAAGCUUUCUGAGCAAUGGAAGGAAUUCUCUGGGAAACAGUCCUCUUUUGAAUCACUGAAGGAAACUCUCAAGAGCUUCAGGAAUAAGAAUGAGAAAGCACUGGGCGAUGACAAUGAGGAAGGUGCUCGUGUAUCACUUUUCAAGGAGGCAGACAAAUAUAGCAAAUCGAUCCUGGGUAAACUAUCUCGUGGGGGUGGCUGCACAAAAGGUUUGGCCUUUGUGGUUAUCGCAUUGGGUGUUGGUGCGGUUAUCAUGUCACCUAACAUCGAGUCAUAUGAUUGGAGCAAAUUAUCCGCCAUGAUUACCUCCCACCUUCAAUCCUUUUAAAGAAGGAACGAUCGUGGAAUCACAUUAUAGCAGGGUAGUGGACUGAGGCAAAACUAAUGGAAACACAAACCAAUCAUCACCAUCACAUCACAAUAUGCCGGGCAGAGAAUGAAACACCUUUUCAUUUCCUUUCCUUUCCUUAAUACUUUCGGGGCACCCGUUUGGGUGGUACUGAGUUUUCGUGUUGCUUAGGAGGACUAAUUCCUGUUUUUUUCUGUUGUUUUAUUAUCGUCUACAGAAUCUUCUUUUGAGUUAUUUUUCUUGUUUAAUCAUGACUUCUAAAAUAUCAGUGGACAUACCAACAACCAGCAAGAAGAGGUGUUGUUGGGAAAGAAUAUUUAAAGUUAUUUCUUGGUUUUUUUUUGUUUCUUAUAUAUAUAUAAUAUGGGAGUUUUAAUUUA